CAAGGAACCUUGAAGUUGAACCAGGAAAAGACUGCACUUGUGGGGGAGACAGUUUAACCCACUGCAAAGAUGAAGCUGCUGCUCCUGUGUCUGGGGCUGACCCUGGUCUGUGCCUUCCAUGAAGGAGAAAUGGAUGUUGUGGAGAACUUUGAUCCAUCAAAGAUUACUGGAAAGUGGUUUUCCAUUCUCUUGGCCUCUGACCAAAAAGAAAAGAUAGAAGAAGAAGGUAGUAUGAGAGCUUUUGUGGAAUAUAUUGAUGUCUUGAAGAACUCUUCCCUGUUGUUUAAAUUCCAUGCCUCGUAUCAUGGAACCAAUGUGUUUAGUGUAGCUGAUGUGGAAUAUGAAGAAUACAUUAUAUUUUUUGCCAAGAAUGAGGAGAAUUUCCUAUUGGUUGAACUCUAUGGCCGACAACCAGAUGUGAGAACAGAAAUUAAGGAAAAGUUUGUGGACUUUUGUGCAAAACAUGGAAUUGCUGAGGGAAAUAUAGUGGACAUGACAAAAGUUGAAGAUCCUUGUCUUCAGGCACGAAGUGAUGAAGAGGUCUAAGCCUCCAGGGAUCUUCUGAAAAAGUUGUGACCUGAGUUCCAACAAACACAGAUUUCAUCCCUGCAUCUUCAAGAUCGUCCUCCCUAAUCACCUGGAAUGACUUAAUCCAUCAAGAAUCAAGCUUUUCUCUACAUUUCUCUGUGCCAUGCCCAGGACAACUCUACUUGAAUAAGUUCUGCCUCUACCUGUUCAAUAAAUGAUUAGCCUGCA